ACAUUUGCUUUUUCAGCUCGCAGUUUCGUUUGCGCUAUUUAAUCGAACGCAAAGUCGAAGCGUCGCGAGUUUGCCAGAAUACCAGGCGUAAAUCAACUUACGACGAGCCGUACAUAAACAGUUGAUAGGUACCGCAUUGGACACGUAAACUAAAAGUUGAUCGUAUUUUCUACGUUACGCAGAAAAAUGAAGCUGCUAGCGUUCGGACUCAUCCUGAUCUGUUGCAAUGCUCAGGAAAUGAGAAUAAACGAGAAAUAUGGAAAUAAGUUGGUGGAAGAUUUUCUCAUUAAGUUCAAAGAGGUAUUGAGAACCGGAAACGAUACGCUUGGAAUUCCAAAAUGUGAUCCGUUCAAUGCGGACGAGAUAAAGAUCAAUGUACACGAGGACCAAAUAAAAGUGAACGCGAAUUUAACGAAGGUCAACGUAAACGGUUUGUCCGAGUAUGACGUUAUCAACGGUGAUUUCAAGUUGGGAGGAAACCUAGCUUUGAUUCUUCCCCUUUCGUGGCCACUGGUAGUCGCGAGUAUCAAUUACGCCAUAAAAGGUAAAGCCGACGUCUUCGAAAUUUACGGCAACGGUGAGAUCAAUCUGUCCGCACACGACUUCGCUUUUGACGUAGAAAUUAAUUUCGUAUUGGACGGAGAAUACUUGAAAGUAAAGGGGAUAACAUUGAAGCUUUCUUUGAGGAAGCUAGAAUUUAAAGCGACGGGCCUCUAUAACGACGAGGAAUUGUCUACUAUACUGAGUGCCUUGAUUUCCGACAUGGCACCUGAUUUAAUAGGCGAUGAAACAAUUAUAAGUAAGGUUAUUGAACUUGUCACGAAUCUGCUCGACAAGUUUUUGUCCGAUAUAACACUCAGUGAAAUACUGAAAAUGAUUUUUGGUUGAUUCUUGCUAUCGCUUGAUCAAUCAUUUGUACAGUUCGCGAUCCUAGUCGAUGAAACGAUAUGAAUAAAUAGGGAGACAGGCUAUGAAAGAUUAGCAUAAAACAAUCAGUGUUUAAUACGAGAGAAUAAAUGCAAUUAAUAAUUUAAAAUUUGCGAGUAUUUUAUUAAACAAAUUAGUAAAAAUACGUUCUCUGUCUUUCUUCUAUGUAUGCUUGUAAUGUACAUAGAAGAAAUAUAUGAAAUUAUAUUAAAAAGUUUCUAUUUGUAUCCCAGAUAGGACACAAAAGUUAUAAUGAUAACAUCAUGAAGUCAUCUAAUAUUAUAAGGACGUCAUUCCGACUCCGUCAUUAAGACUCUACUUUGUCACUUAUUAGUCACAAGUAAUGUUAAAAUUGAUGUCAUUAUGACAUUAUUUGCUUUUAUUUUAUACCUGGGAUACAACUACAAAAUUAAAUAUUAAUCCUGAUCUGUUCUAGCGUCUCCCAUCUAUUUUAAAACAACGGAUAUACGAAUAAUUCUAUUUAUCUAUAAUAUUUGUGAUAUCUUGUAUCUUUUUUAUCUUAACGUAUAACAUACAUGUAUCUACAUUACGGUGAUUGUGAUACACCCUAUACACUUUGUAUAUAUUUUUCAUAUAUUUUAUGCAACGUUGUUUUUUGUUACUGAUUCAAAACGAUAAUUUUGAUUUGAAAAUAAAAGUAAUUUAAUUCUUACCGAUGUAAAAUGCGGACUUGUAACUUCAUCGACCUGCAAAACACAAAUGUGAAAUUCGUAUUAUGAGAGAGAAAAAUAAAUAUACAAAUUAUUUCGAAAAA